AUGGACGCGCAGUACCCGUUUGCAUCAAGAGAAGACAUCUGGCGCAUUAAAGAGGAAGUGAAAGACCUCUUUGCGGCCCAGCUCGAACACGGAGAGCGGAUAUCUAGGCUGGAACGGCGUCGGGACGACGAUGCGAGGAUGAAGAGUGUUUGGGGUCCGUUAUCUCCAUUCCCCGGACCUAUUGGCACCCCGCACCAUCAAGAAUCAUCCUUUAAUCCGACUGCUGAGCCUUUCAAAGGUUUUGAUCAAACACACCAGCAUGGGCUGACGGGAGUGCUGCAUAUGGAAAACGAGGACGAACCUCGCCGUGGAGCUUCACGUGCAAAUAGUGUGCGAUUCGACGAGAGUUCGAUGUAUUAUAACCUAGCAAACAGAUCAGCGACGGAGUUCCUCCCAUUGAGGACUGGCAGCGGGCUGGGAAGCCAUCCCCUGACAGAGCGGUCGCUUUCUCAUCGAUCUGACGGGAAACAGAGCUCUUCUGGCCAAUCUCACCAUUCCAUGCGCACCAAUAGCAUGGGGCUAGAAGCAUCUCGUUUGCUUGGUGGUGGAAAUGGACCUUCGUCUACCAGCAAUGCCCCUUUGCCACCACCGCCCGGACUGUUCAUUUUAGGUCCCUCUCCUUGCAUCAUUCGUUGCUGGCUUACGACAAAUUUUUCCAAUGACUCACUGCUUUACGCUGUGGUGUGUACGGGAUCGUACCGCUCAGCCAUUAGCGAUCAAAUGGUGCGGAAACUAGGGCUUGAGGAAGAGGCGGCCGAGGAGAAUGGCGUGCGUAUCAUCAAACUUCCAGUCUAUCUCCCCGAGGCUAGUGUCUAUCAGCCGUCGUCUCGCGGCGGGAGCCCAGUCCCUCAGCUGCCCGCGUUGACGGUUCGAUUUGUCAUUCGUGGCGCAGGUUUGGGUGACAAAAGCAUCCAGAUCGUCCUGGGCAGCGACGUCCUCCGUGCACACAACGCGGACAUUCUAUUCUCGCAAGAUAAGAUGCUCAUUGUUGACGACGAGCGCAACAAAAUCUCAAUACCUUUGGUUCGCCCGGAGGAUGAUUCUACGUUUAGAAAUUUAGCUACUGGUCCUGAGGCCACUCUUGCACUAAGAUCGGCACAGUACAAUGGAGCUGUCGAUGACAAGCGAAAUGGUUUCCCAACGACCAAUGGGGACCAGGCCGGCACUGAGCGUGAACCUCCAGCUUCUGUAGCCCAUGAUAAUAGCACAUUCCCGAACAAAGCCGAUACAUCCGCUUCCCUACCUGCUCGCAACUCAUCAGACUCCUUCGACAUCUCAGGACGAACACAAACCCGUUCCCCCUCGCGCCAUUUCGCCGACGACCCCACAGAUAAUAGUAAUAGAAGCCCAGACCCGCGCCGUCCCAAAUCCAGCACGGGUGAACGCGCCUCUACGGGCACAUCGACCUCAUCUGCGAAAGCAGAAGGUAGCGGCGUUUGGGGACCCUGGCGCCGCGAUACGACUGGCAGUAAGGGGGAUAAUACGGGAACAACGGGAGCGUCCACAACAUUUACGGGGCCAAGUAUCCACAGCAGCUCCAAUAGUCCUUUCAUGUCCGCUUACCAGCGUUCCACACGAACGCGAAAUAUGAAGAUCCUGAAACCGACUAAACCGGCCUCGUCCGUGAGCACGCUGUCGAAACAGGCGUCCUCCGGCGCUCCUGGUACCUCUGUAGCCACAACUACAGCCACGGCCACAACUAUAACUUCUGCCGCAGGAACUGCCCCGUCUGGCGUCGCCAAUGACUUCCGUUCCCCCACAGAACAACACCGUAUCAACACGAGCGCCAGCGGCGAGGGGCACGAUCAUAUGACAACAUCUUCAUCCCAUCCUGCGCUGCCAUCCGUGAAUGGUACUGGCUCGGGGAAAUCCUCUUCGAGCGAUGGAGGUGGUGCGGGGCCGUUGUCCGGUAAGUCUCGCUCGGCGAACCCUGUGGGCGGGGCGUCGGCGUUCGGAUGGUUGAAUUCAUCGCAGCGGAAAAGGGAUGAGGUGGGUUCUGAGUAA